AUACCCCCACAUUGCCGAUCGUAUCUACUACUACGGAAAACGCGAACGUAUUUUUCUGUUAGUGGCUCCGAGGCCGAGCUGUCGAUAACACCGGAGUUAUUUCGCCUAUCAGCACUUUUCGGCUCAGAUCGGCGAAUCGGCGGUGAGGCCGAUAAGCCUGACACGCGUAGAAUUUCGAUAUCAAGAAAAGGUAUUAAGUGAACGUUCUAUUGACACAACUGACGCAUCGAUCAUCACGCAAGGAAGUUACUUUCGCCGAUAACGCGACUAACAAACUAAUUUAGACGGCAGUUAUUAACACACGGUAUAUAUGAACUUUCUCUAUUGCAUCAGGCCGAUUUGUAAUAAAGGAAAAAUUAUGUGCCCAAAAUUUCGAAAAUCCUACAACGAUAUAGAAAUAUUUGUUGAAUCUAACUUCAAUAUAAUGAUGAAUUUAAACUAUUGGUAAGCAAACUCGAUGUGACAAUCAAAUUGUCAAAUAAUUAGACUUCAGUGAUUUUGCCAAAUUUUUUUCAAUUUAACGAUUUGAUGACAAACGAUCAUUGUGUGAUUAAGAAUAAUCUGACAGAAGUGACAAGAAUGUAAUUGUGAAUGUGUUUUAGAAGACAUAUGCGUGUAUAGAGUGGAAUAUUUUACACUUUAUCGUAUCUUGCCGCAUGAGAUCACAAAGAUAAAUCGGUAAUACAACGGACAAAAUCCUGAAAUUCAAAAGGCGUUAAAAGAAUUUGCUUUGGACAUGCAGUGGAUGAAAAUAACAUGAGGUUUUCUUGCUUUCCAAAGGCCACCAUCUUUCCGCAGAAGGGUAGCAUUAAUGUUACCCCUCCGCCAGGCCAUGAGGAAUCUAAUAACUUCAAUAUAGGCGUUAUACGUCCAAUACCCGGUACUCUAUCCUCCUUUACCCAGUAUUCUGGUCCAACUAUAAAUGGCAGCGGUCCAUCAUCGUCUACAUCAUCCACAUCAUCGACAAAGUCUAUAGUAUCACCGCCGCCAUCUCAAGCCAAACAUGUUGAUCAUUUUUCUACGCAUCAAGAACAAUCCAGAUUAGAAAACGGACCUGCCGCCGAAAAUAAUGAACAGCACGUGAACAAUCCAAGGGGUGGCGUCAUUGGAAGAGCGCCGACGCCACCCUCGGCACCAACGCCCGUAUACGAAAAAGAUGCCAGGAGUGCGAGACAAAUUAAAAGGGCCAUUUUGGAAAACGAAUUUCUAGGUAAUCUCGAAGAAAAUCAAGUUGAGGCACUUGUCUCCGCAAUGUAUCCUAAACAAAUUCCUGCUAAUACUCUAGUUAUCCGGGAAGGUGAUAUAGGUUCGCAUUUGUAUGUGUCCGCGGAGGGGGAGUUCGAAAUUUACCAAGGAAGUAAAUUUCAAAGACGCUUUGGGCCGGGAAUUGCAUUUGGAGAGAUUGCUCUUUUGUAUAAUACAAAAAGACUUCGAUCUAUCAACGUAAAGACAAAUGGAAAAGUAUGGGUAUUAGACAGAUCGGUAUUUCUCACUAUAAUGAUAAGAACAGCCCAAGAGCAAUUGGAAGGCAAUAUCCGUUUUCUUCAACGCGUUUCCGUUCUCCAAAAGCUUCCCGAACCCAAAGAUCAUGUGCUUGCGAAGAUAUCUGAUCUCAUAAGAAUAGAAUUUUUCCCGGCUGGAGCGAAAAUAUUGCGGCAAGGCGAGAAAGGGGAGAAAUUUUACAUAAUCAGCGGUGGUAAUGUACGUAUUACUAAGGAUACCGAAUACGGAGGCGAGGAGGAACUUGUGGUCCUCGGCAAAGGAGAUUAUUUUGGUGAAUUGGCUCUCUAUGAUGACGGAGGUGAACGACGUGCUAACGCGAUUGCUCUUGCACCUGGUGUCGAAUGUCUGACAUUAGAUAGAACGUCAUUCUUAAAUUAUCUGGGAAGUCUGGAUGAAAUUCGUAAUAAGGACUGGUUAGCAGAAUAUGAGAAGCAGAAGCGUUCAUUGACUCCAAAAAAAUGGACCAAUGAGUAUGCAAAUUUGACCUUAGCCGAUCUUGAAACAAGAGGAACGUUGGGAGUGGGUGGAUUCGGACGAGUCGAACUAGUCACGCUUAAAUCCGAUCCGAACAAAAGUUUCGCUUUGAAGAAACUCAAAAAGAAGGUCAUGGUCGAACAGCAACAACAAGAACACGUGCUAAACGAGAAACACAUUAUGCAAGCGUGCGAUUCACCAUUCAUAUGCAAGCUUUAUCAGACAUACAAAGACAGCAAAUACGUCUAUUUCCUGAUGGAAGUAUGUCUUGGGGGAGAUGUGUGGACGACUCUGCAAAAGAGACGCUAUUUCGACGAUGCUACCGCGCAAUUCAUGGUCGGUUGCGUGGUCGAAGCCCUCGAUCAUCUCCAUUCGUUAAAUAUCGUUUAUCGAGAUCUUAAACCCGAGAAUCUUAUGCUCGACAUGCGCGGCUACUUGAAAUUGGUGGACUUUGGUUUUAGUAAAAAAAUUGGUCCGGCCAAAACAUGGACGUUUGCUGGCACACCUGAAUAUGUCGCACCGGAAAUUAUCUUGAACAAAGGACACGAUAGGGCGGUGGAUUACUGGGCCCUUGGUAUCUUAACGCACGAGCUUCUCAUCGGUAAACCACCUUUCCGAGGAUCCGAUCAUAUGACAACUUAUAAUAAAAUCUUGAAAGGAAUUGAAAUGAUCGGUAUACCAAGCAUUGUCAAUAAAAACGCGAAUAAUCUCAUUAAGAAAUUACUUCGUUUAAGUCCCUCGGAACGAUUAGGUUAUCAACGAAACGGAAUACAAGACAUCCGCGAUCACAAAUGGUUUUCCGGAUUCAACUGGCAAGCACUUCGAAGAUUAGCUUUGCCGGCUCCCAUCGUACCAACGGUACGACAUCAACUCGACACACGGAAUUUCGAAAGAUAUCCACCAGACCGUGAUAUUCCGCCAGAUGAAUUUUCCGGUUGGGAUAUCGAUUUCUAAGAAUAAAUUAUCGAUAUAAUAGCACUAAAUAAUAGAUAUUAAAAUAAUACGAUCUUUUGCUGUAUAAAAAUUUUUUUUUGUUUAUUCAUUUUAAUAAUCAAAAUAAAAAAUAAAGCCUUUUAUUAAUUGUCACUAGAAAAAAGUAAUAUGAUAAAGAUAUGAAAGUAAAAUUGUAUCGAUAGAAUUUCGAAUUAUUAGAAUAAACAGCUACAUAAACGUUUCUGCCAACGAUUUGCGCGAUAUCAAUUAUUAAUUAAUUGAUAAGUAGUAAUAUCUUUCACAAAAAAUUUUAACUUUAAAUUGUGUGUGUAUUCAUUCUUUUAUAAAAUUUGAAUUUCUCUUCCCUAAAAUUAUUUUUAAAAUUUAUUAAAAAUAAUUAAUAACGAAAUGUUGCGCUAAUUAAAACAUUAUUGCUAAUUUAUAAAUUAAUAAAUUUUCCAGUUUUCAUACAUAUAUAAUAGGCAAAUGAUUCAUAAAAAAAAAGCUAAUGUAAUUAUUUUUUUGUAAGCAAUUAUUGAGAUUCCGGUAUACCUAUAUAUAUAACUACAGAUGAAUAUACGUAUUCUUCUAAUGCGAUACUCUGUUUUGUAUAGAAAAAUUAAUAAUAAGAUAUUGCAUGUAUGUGUGUAUGUAUAUAUGUGAUGUACUGUAUACUAUAUUCUUUUUAAUCAUAACAACAAUUUUAAAUUGUGAAUUUGUUUGAACUUUGUUUUGUUGAAUUUUAUUAACGUAAAACAUAUUUGAUCACGAAGCAUCAACAUAAUUGUAAAGUAAUAAUGUCACAUUUUGAAAUAAAUAAUUUU